UAGACGAAGAUAAGGUGCGGGGAGACGCUUGCCGCUGCGAGUCUGCUUACUCCCCCCAACAGUUACGUCAAAGCAAUGGCUGCUGCUACCCUCGUUGAAAGGGCUCCGGCAAUUUCCCUGUCUAAAAUGGAAAUAGACACCUCCACACUGAAUAAUAUAGACUCCGAGGAGGAAGAUGAUGUGGCCACAAGAGAGGCAGGCAUCUUGUCACUGGCUGAGCAGUACAAGAAAGCAGGCCAGGCCCACCAGUUGGCUCAACUCAUCAAGGACACUCGACCCUUUCUUGCUCAGAUCUCUAAAGCCAAAGCUGCAAAGCUAGUGCGGACAAUGGUAGAUAUGUUCCUUGACAUGGAAGCUACAACAGGUUUAGAAGUUGAAGUAUGCAGGGACAACAUUGAAUGGUCAAAAAUUGAACGACGCACAUUCUUGCGCCAAUCACUGGAGGCCAGAUUGGUAGCACUUUUUUAUGACACACAACAGUACACAGAAGCCCUUGCCUUAGGUUCUCAGUUAUUAAAAGAACUUAAAAAAUUAGAUGACAAAAACCUCCUGGUGGAAGUUCAACUGUGGGAAAGUAAAACAUAUCACGCAUUGGGUAACUUACCUAAAGCUCGUGCUGCCUUAACUUCAGCACGCACAACAGCAAAUGCUAUAUAUUGUCCACCUAAACUUCAAGCGGCUCUUGAUUUGCAAUCUGGUAUUCUUCAUGCUGCUGAAGAAAAGGAUUUCAAAACUGCUUUUUCAUAUUUUUAUGAAGCAUUUGAAGGAUAUGACAGUAUUGAUAGCCCUAAGGCACUUACUGCACUAAAAUAUAUGUUGUUGUCAAAAAUCAUGCUACAACAUCCAGAGGAUGUCCACAAUAUUGUAAGUGGGAAAUUGGCGCUGCGGCACAGUGGCAGUCAUGUGGAUGCAAUGAAGGGCAUUGCUUCUGCUAGUAGUAAGCGCUCUCUGGCUGACUUCAAAACAACACUCAAUAAUUACAAGGAAGAACUAGAAGGAGACAUGAUAGUGAAAGCUCACUUAAACACCCUAUAUGACAAUAUGUUGGAGCAAAAUUUGUCUAGAAUCAUUGAGCCCUAUAGUAAGGUGCAGGUAGCCUACGUCAGCGAAACUAUAGGUCUACAGCAGGAUGCUGUUGAGCGUAAACUCUCUCAGAUGAUCUUGGACUCCAAAUUGACUGGUAUUUUAGAUCAAGGAGCUGGGGUGUUGAUUGUUUGGGACCCUGUUACCAAGGACAAAACCUAUGAGCAUGCUCUUGAUACUAUUAAGGCAAUGGAAAAGGUUGUAGAUGUCUUGUACCAAAAGGCUAAAAAACUAACGUAAAAAAUAGCAAAUUUAGCUUUGCACAGUUUCGCUAUAUAGGAUUAGGGCUUGGUUAUCAUUCUGGUAUACUGUAUGAUCCCAUACUGUGUCUGUAUUGUGUGUCAUUCAUGCUGUAUGCUGCAGGAAUGUUACAACUGUCCAGAUCUCCACAACCCUAGGGAUUUUAUUAUUUUCCUUAAUUGUGAUGCAAAACCAGGAAUGUGAGUUGACUGAUACUUGUUCAGUUGUGCUACUGUUGACAUCCCCACUGUUUUGUAUAUAUAAACUAUCAUUAAGUGGGGGAGGGGAAAGUAGUGGGUUGUGACAUUGGUGAGGAUAGUCUGUUAAGCAUACUGCUGUUUUCUCUCUAAGUACACUAUAAUUUGAGAGUAGAAAUGUUAAGUUAUUUACUACUGUUGUGAAAAGGGGCAGACUUUUUAUAUGUUUGAUAGUAAAUAAGGAGCACUAUCAAUAUAAUGCUAGUACUGUAUUUGUAAAUUGAACCGUUUUGAAUCAAAAUUGUAUUACUCUACCUGCCAAAACUUUUUUUUCAAAUAAUGUUCACUGUUAAUCUCUAAUGUUUUUUAUUUCUAAGAGGAUAAAUAUUCCUUAGUUACCUAAAUGAUCAUUGUACAAUAUUAAACAAAUUCAUCUUUGUGCUUGUAAUUAACAGGCACGUACUUGUAAGUAGCAUCAAAAUCUUUUUAAGUGCUGCAUUAACUGUGCCCUAGAAAUAUUCAACUACUAACCCAUAAAGUGGAGAUGAUGAUCUCUGCUCUAUGUUGUGCAGUAUCAGUAAUGACCGUGAUAGGGGUAAGGAUAGCCACUACAUCGCGACUGUUUUGAAGUCCUAAUUAUAAUCGGCUUACCAUCAAGAUUUAACUUUGAGAUAUUUUAUAAAAUAAAAAAAAAAUGUAUCUUC